AUGACCCGGCGGUGUGCGGUAUUGAUGGAGGGAUCAUGUGUUGAUUGGAGUAAAUUGUCCUGGAAUUCUGCUUGUCUGACGGAAGAUUCCCGUUAUAAAAGAGCAGACGGGUCAAAGGUAAAAGCCGUGAGGCCUGUUCCGACACGAGCAUUCCUGUCGUCAUCUUUCAAUGCACAAGUCCGUGUGCUACGAGCGCUGCUUAAAAGCGAAUGCAAACCUGACAGAGAAAUCGACACACCUCAUAAAAGGUCGAAGGUGUUGGAGAUGAUGCGCGCCGCGUUUGGAUUAUUCGGCGUCUUUCUCAUCGUCUUUGUCCCGCGGCCACACUGCGCUCGUGCCAACAAAACCCCGCAAGACAGCUGCAGUAUUGAUGCCAUCUGUCAAAACACCCUGAGGUCAUACAAAUGCAUCUGCAAAUCAGGAUACAAGGGUGACGGCAAACAUUGUGAAGAUAUCGAUGAGUGUGCCAGCGAAUAUAACGGCGGCUGCGUUCACGAGUGCAUGAACAUCCCUGGAAACUACAGAUGCACGUGCUACGAUGGCUUCCGUCUGGCCCACGAUGGACACAACUGCCUGGAUGUGGACGAGUGCGCGGAGGGGAAUGGCGGAUGUCAGCAGAUCUGUGUGAACAUGAUGGGAAGUUAUGAAUGUCGGUGCAGAGACGGAUUCCUCCUAUCGGACAACCAGCACACCUGCAUCCAGAGGCCAAAAGUACGCUUCAAUGGAACUACAGAUGUACCCACCUGCAUGGACAAAAACCACUGUGCUCACAUCUGCCGAGAAACACCCAAAGGAACCAUCGCCUGCGAGUGCCGGCCGGGAUUCCAGCUCACCAAAAACAACCGGGACUGUAAAUUGACAUGUAACUAUGGUAACGGAGGAUGUCAGCACAUCUGUGAGGAGAUGGACCACGGGCCCAGAUGUUUGUGUCACAUGAAGUUUGCUCUACACACUGAUGGGAAGACCUGUGUAGAAGAAAGGAGUGUCCAACCGCAGCCCCUGCAGCCACAGCUGUUACCCAAUGAGACGUGUGCGGUGAAUAAUGGCGGAUGUGACAGCACGUGUCAUGAUGCUAUCACUGGUGUGCGAUGCAGCUGCCCGGUGGGCUUCACACUACAGCAAGACCGCAAGACCUGUAAAGACAUUGAUGAAUGUCGUAUGAACAAUGGGGGGUGCGACCAUGUGUGCAGAAACACAGUGGGCAGCUUUGAGUGCAGCUGCAAGAAAGGAUACAAACUUUUGACCAAUGAGAGGACAUGUCAAGAUAUCGACGAGUGCUCGUUCGACAGGGCCUGCGACCACACCUGCGUGAACUCACCCGGAAGUUUCCAGUGCUACUGUCACAAAGGUCACGUCCUCUACGGCGUGGCUCAUUGUGGAGAUAUCGAUGAGUGCAGCAUCAAUCGAGGCGGAUGCAAAUUUGGAUGUUUGAACACCCUGGGCAGUUACGAGUGCACGUGUCCUCCAGGAUACAAACUGCACUGGAAUAAAAAAGACUGCGUCGAGGUGGUGAAGUGUCCGUCCAGUCUUCUGUCCUCUAAAGCCACCCUCACCUGCAGUAAGACAGGAAAGAAAGAGAGCUGCUCUCUCACCUGUGCAUCCAAAGCACAUUACCUGGCAGAGUCGGACAGCAGUUAUUCUGUGAGUUGUGGGAUACCCCUUCCGAGGGGAAAAUCACAGAGCCGUUUCAACACAAGCACCGCUCACAGCUGCGUAGAGACUCAGGCUCCUCCCGUGAAACAGACGGCGUCCUUCCGGAUCAAGAACGCCAAAUGUCACCUGCACCCGAAGCACAAGGGGAGGGCGGAGGACAACAGCAGACAGAUCGGGCCAGGCGGUCAGCCGUGCGUCAACUGCCUUGUCUCGUUUGUUAACCUGAAGUGCGACUCUUCAAAGAAGGCCAAAGGUCGGCGAGCGCGUAACCCGUCGAGCAAAGAGAUCACACGGAUCACCCUGGAGCUGGAGGCCGAAGUGAAGCCGGGAGACGCCACGGGGAACUGUAAUAUGAUGUGUCAAAGACAGCGUAUGGAACAGCAGAUGAAGUCGUACAUCAAAGCACUAAAGAAGUCUAUUAACCAGGAGCGUUUUCUCAUCCGGGUGGCGGGGUUGGAGUAUGAGGUGGCGCAGAAGCUCUCUCAGUCAGCGUCCAAGCAGGAGAACUGCGGACCGGGUCGAGAGAAGGACAGCGGCCGCUGUGAGUUUGUUUCCUCACUGCUGCCCCCUGCUGGCUGCUCUCACUUAGUCAGAUGUUUGCCUGGGUCAUACUACCACGGUGAACAGGAGCGAUGCGUUCAGUGCCCACCUGGAACUUUCCAAGAGCGUGAUGGUCAGCUGGCCUGUGACCUUUGCCCUGGAGGAGACCGGCACGGUCCAGCAGGAGCUCGUAACAUCACGUCAUGUGCAGGUCAGUGUCCUCCUGGAUAUUUCUCCAGUGAUGGCUUUAAGCCCUGUCAGUUAUGCCCGCUGGGCUCGUACCAGCCUGACCCCGGACGAACUCUCUGCUUCCCGUGUGGAGGAGGACUCGGUACCAAACGAGAGGGUGCCAGCUCCUUCAAUGACUGUGAGGUCAAAGUGUUGUGUUCUCCAGGUCAUUAUUACAACACUUCAGUUCAUCGUUGUAUCCGCUGUCCUCGUGGAACGUAUCAGGCCGAGUUCAGACAGAAUUACUGUAUCUCCUGUCCUGGAAACACAACCACAGACUUCGACGGUGCUAUCAGCGUCUCCCAAUGCAAGAAUCGUGAGUGCGGCGGUGAAAUCGGCGAGUUCAUCGGAUACAUCGAGUCUCCCAACUAUCCUGGAAACUACCCAGCCAACGUGGAGUGCAACUGGACCAUAAGCCCUCCGCACAAACGCAAGAUUCUAAUCGUGGUUCCUGAAAUCUUUCUGCCGUCCGAGGACGAGUGUGGAGAUGUUUUAGUCAUGAGGAAGAACUGGUCGGCGACCUCCAUCACCACGUAUGAGACAUGUCAGACGUACGAGAGGCCCAUCGCAUUCACGGCUCGGUCGCGUCGUCUCUGGAUUAACUUUAAAUCAAAUGAUGUCAACAGCGCUCGAGGGUUCCAGAUUCCAUACGUCACAUAUGACGAGGAUUAUGAGCAGCUCGUUGAAGAUAUCGUAAGAGACGGACGACUUUAUGCUUCUGAAAACCAUCAAGAAAUACUUAAGGAUAAAAAACUCAUUAAAACUCUUUUCGAUGUGCUGGCUCACCCAAACAACUACUACAAGUACUCCCCUCGAGACUCCACGGAGAUGCUGCCGCGCUCCUUCAUACGCCUCAUCCACAGCAAAGUCUCCGCCUUCCUGCGUCCGUACAAAUAGUCCAAAAGCUUCGCCCACUCCUCCAAUCACCUGACCACGACUCGACGGGAUCUUACACACACACACACACACACACAAACUCCACACCCAACGACAUCACACUAUGCAGAUGCUAAACGUUACGCUUCACUUUACCUUAUUUCUUUCCUCAUCUCAGCGGGGAAAACAUCUUACGUGUAGUCUGUAAAAAUGUAUUGUAAAAAGACUGCGGUCACACUCCGUGCCGUCUCGAUGUUUUUGUUCGAUUGUAUGAAUGUCCCGUUGAGAACCCUGUGCGAGUUUAAACUCACGUCACAGAAACGAUGCGUUGUACAGACAGAAGAAAGUUAAAGCAUGUCAAAAUGUUUUACUUGUGGAACUGAAGCAAGCGGUGACCGUGCUUUCAAAACAAGCGUUUCCAGCUCAUCUGAAUAAAUGUACAAUCUUCUGUAUAUCUGUAGUUUUAAUGUGCUCUUGAUUCAUAUCAAGCAUUUCACAUUUAUAUUUGAGCUCCUAGAGCGUUCAUGUAAUCUCUAAAGGUCACGCUGUUAAAACAGUAACGUACUGUCUGUUCAGAUUGUAUUAUUUUCAGGCGCAUAUUCGUCCUAAUAUUCGCGUUAAUUUAACAAGAAAGAUGUGUGUUAUUGAAAAGGCUCGGGUGAUGAAAAGGUCGCUUGGUGUUUAAAGCAUUGGACACUCGGUUCUGUGCGAGACAGAAAUUGUAUUCGUUAUUUUUCUUUUGCAGGACAUGCAAUUGCUGCUUGUUUUAAAUCGUCACUUUAAACCUUCUGUUUGAAUGAUAUUCAGAAUUUUUUCCCUGCAGAGAAGAGCAGUUAGGGGCCGAACCCAUUCAACGUGAACCACUGAUCAAUGCAAACAGGGGGUUAACACGGAUGGGAGUCAAUAAACAGUAUCAGUACACAUUUCAGUCCUGUAGCGGAUGAAACGACAGUGUUUUGAGGUUGAUUUGCACAUAACUUUAACCAUCCAAAGCAAAGCGGCCCACAGUGAUGUUUGCUUUUAAGUGCCUGACGUAAAACAUUUUCAGGAGAAAGCCUGUGGAUGUGGACAUUUGAGAAGUUUGGGUAAAUUGUUCCUUAAACAAAUACUAUUAAGAAAAAUUCAACUUUGGAUCGGUCAGUUCAAACCCAAUUCUAAGUGUAACCGAAGACAGAAAAGGAAACAUCACAACGGUUGUUUGUCAUCUCUCUCUUUUGUUUAUUGUAAAUAUAAAAUAAACUAAUUGGAAUCUAAGUGUUAAGUUCAAAGUUCUUCGACCUUGUAUUUAGUUUGCUAUGUGUAUCCGCCCUGCCAAAUGUCGACACAAGUCUAUCUAUAAAUCCAUCAGAGAGGAUGUGUUUGAACCUUUUAAGACCUGAAAAUGCUCAGCAUGAGAAUUAAUGGUGUCGAUCAAAAUGCUCCAGAUGUGGUCAAGUGUGUUUAUUUGAAAGACCUCUCUUUCCAAAGAUGGUAAAAGCAUACAAAGAGGUCCCAGUCUGUAAAAGUGCAGUGACUUCCAAAACAAAAGUCAAAUGAGAGUUUCACAAAUUUUGAAAUAAGAAGAAUGUGAUGUCCUGUAUUUAAAAAGAAUGUUUUAAUGGAACAGUGAUUGACGAUAUUGGCAUUUUGUACAUUUGACAUCUAUUACAAGGGUCACUAAUAUAAAUGUUUAACUGUAUAAAUAUAAUAGUGUAGAAAGAAAGAUGAAAAACAGAAAUCAAAGCAAACGUAAGUCAGAAACGGGUUGGACAGAACGGUCGAACUCAAGUUUCUCCCUCAAUGUAAACAUUCUGCAGCACUACGGGAUUGAAAUCUCUGUAUUGGUCAUAAUAUGUGAAAUUGCCACGACUGUCAUGAAAUAAAAGGUUUGUGGCAAAGUAGUCAAUGUUUGCUUCUUUUGAAUGUUCACUAAAGAAAUGUCAUUAGCAGUCUGUGACUGCGGCUUUAUUUUUAUAAUUUCCCCUAGUCUUUGCUCUACCAAACCCAUUUCAAACAACUUUAAAUGUAUCGCUUUUCUGUUAUUAUUCUUUGUUCUUGUUUUGUUUGUUUUCUUCAUUUUCUUUUUCCUUCGUUUUCAUCUAGAGUUUUUUUUGCCACAAUGUUUUAUGGAAUGGGAAACGGUAUUUGCACUUGAAAUUUGUUUAUGCUCAUGUAAAAGUGUCUGGAUUUUGUAUUGUCUUUUGAAAUGAAAGAAAUUGGUGUUCUUAAAAUGGCCUAGCUUGUUUUCUUAAUUCAUACAGAAUAAACAAGAAAACAGCAAAGCAUUCUAUCAAAACUCAAUGUUGUAUUACUUACUGUAAACGUUGCGAAUUCAUUAUUUUAUAGUAAUAUUAGGUUGUGUUCAAAUCUGAAGAAAAUAAACGUCCAUUUAAUUAUUUAUUUUAAAUCUACCAGUCUUUCAUGUAACCUUUCCACAGGUGUCCCAGAGAGAACUUUAAAGGUCUGUUUAUUUCACCUUUUAUUCAGAGAGGUUUAUCUGUCAAUCUGUUUUUAAAGUAGAAGUUUUGCUUGGAAAUUAGUUUGGAUCCUAAUCUGCGUCUUGAAUCAUAAUCUUAAUGGAAUUAAAUUGAUUAUAGAAAUAUGGCCAAAUGGGCAAUGACACUUAUUUGCUGUUAUAUACCAGGAAUGAAGGCAAAAAGCUAUAAUUAAUACUUCUGUUAAAGUAAAAAAAAAAUUGCAUUUUUAUGACGACUUGCAUACUUCUUUAUUUAAUAUGGAAUUAAAAAUGUAACCCUCACAUAUACUGACAUUUGCAUUUGUGCACUUUGGAAGGGGGACAUUCAGAGACUUGUUCCACUCACUUCUCUUUAUUGUUACUGUGGUUUAACUCUGCCCAUCCAUUUCAACCCUGCUUAAAGCAUAGAAACCAUCACAUAAAUUAUAAUGAAUUUAAUGGUUAUAAUGUGAAUUUUAUUUGUUAUCAUAGAAUUACUAUAAUGGUCUUUACGGCUAAUGGGUUGGUGGGAUGUAAUGUGGUGGAUGGGAACAAACAGAGCACCAUUAAAUCCUGCUAAAAUAAGACCCAAAACAUACUUGUACAUUAGAAAUGGUUUUAAUGGUACUAGUGCUGGAAACCAGUAGCAUUUGUAUUAUUGUUUUUUUAACUGGCAGCGUCUCAAACCAGUAAUAAAUGUGGUGAGCCAACAACAAUCUGUACCGGUGGCUGGACGACAAAAAUCUUCACAUCAGUGUUAUAUUUACGGGUUCCGUGGGUUACGGGCGAAAAAUUGUUCUGUACUAAUGUAAGAUAACACUAAAACUAUUAUGGGAUCAUAAAAUAAUCUUAGAUUGUCCCUU